AUGAGCGUUUCAGAAUCACUUUCAAGUGAUAAUUCAGAUAAUGAAAAUUUUCCUAACGAUUUUAUCGAAAAUAUUCUUGAUAGUGAAAGUAGGCGUCCAAAAGGAAGACCACCAGAUACUGCAAGAUUCAAAGGACCUUUAGAAAAUAAUGUUAACAAAACUCGCAAAUGUGGAUUAUGCAAUGAAAGUGGACUACAUAUUGACGCAUCAAGUGAAGGAGAAUCAUCAUCACAUAAAAAAACUCAGAAUCGUAAAGGCGUUAAACUAAAGCACACGAAAGAAAAUGGAGUGAAGAAUCUAAAGAAUCCAAGACGAUCGGCAGAGUUGCUCGAACCAAAUACAAAACAAUUCUGCGUUAAAUCGUUCUGA